AUGGGCGACCGUAUACGCAUGCGUAAACCGAACUCUAAAAUGAUUGGUCGAGCGGCAAAUUUAAAUCUGGACAGUCCUUAUAGUGCCGAUUGCGAUCUUGAGGUCUUUAGAGGAAGACAUAUGGAAUCAACUGCAAAUCGUUAUUCACAACAGCGACGCUAUGUAGAUAGCGAUCGAGAUAUGAUUUCAGCAGCUAUUAAGAACAAAGCUAAAAUGCAAGAAGGCAGGACACAAUCAAAUUAUUUAGUACGUUCUAGGGAAGACAAAAGUCUACAAUCUAACAUCGAUCAUGAAAUUACUAUGAGGGAUGGUAUCAAUAAGUUUCUUGCUGCAACUCAGUUAAAUACUAAGCAAGCAUUAGGAGCUAGUAAAAACCUUAUCACCUGCAACACACGAAUUAUGACGUGGAUGUCAAUGCUACAAAAGCAGCACGAAGUCUGCUGUCGACAAGAGUAUAAUAAGAAACCAUCAAAACAAGAUAACGAAUGGGCCUUUGAACCAUGCAAAAGUAAAUUGAGCUUAUCAGAAAUCAAGAUUCCUCUGCAAUGGAAAAAUGUAGAUGUUACUACAUUGAAUAAAGAAAAUAUUGAAAAUCGCACUUAUAGCUUAUUUUGUGUAUUGAAACUGGGCUCAGAAGUACUAGAUACUGGUCUUAUAUAUGAUAUCGAUAAAGCCUUGAAGAUAGUCACCUUUGAUGAUGUCAUUACUUUUAACAGCGAAGUAGACAGCAAAUUUAUAUUGGAAAUUCAAGUUUACUGUGCGAUUAGUUCAACCGAUAGUCACCUUAAAGGCAAUCAGCAUAAGUCUAAUCGACGAAAGUUUGGCAAAUCGGACAAGGAUGACGCCAAUUCCCAGCUGAGUUCCAACAGCUACAAAUAUUACGUUAUUGGUCAUGCUUACCUAAAUCAGUCGAAUGCUUCUAAGGAACCUCAAACACAUAUUCUGUACGAAGGUGCACCAUCUGGCCUAUCAGCUUCUUCUACAUCAGCUUCAGCUCCAUUUGAUUUACCCACAACUGGUGCAUUCUCCUGUCGUUUGUACAUUAAGCCAAAUUGCUCUGGCGAAGAAAUAAUUAAAGAUUAUAUUAACGUCCAGUUAACAGUUGAAGGUAUGCCUGCCUGGAUUAGAUUCUGGUGUUGUUUGCGUCAAAUAUACAUUUAUGGAUGGAUGUUUUCUGAAGAUGAAGAAAAAAAUCAGCCAACAAAAGUGGCAUUUGAAUUAACGAAAGAUAGCAAAAUAGAACGUGCACCUCGAUUAAGAAUGAGAAGGCUCAACUCCUUGUUACUAUCGAAUGUGUUAUGGAAUGGUAAAUUAGAAGAAGUAUUUUUAUCUGCUGAAUCAAAAGAUGAUCGAGAUAGAUGGAUGGAAGCAAUCAGUCAAGCAAUUGCAAAUAUCAAAGCUUGGGGCGAUCAUUGUCGCAGUACGGAAAAAAUUGUUCAGCCUACUCAUCAAAGUAAAUUAUUUAAGUCUAUCAGGAGCUAUGGUGAUAUUACAUCCAGUGCAGAAAAGCAAGAAAUUGAUUCAUGUGAUAGUAAUAUAAAGCGUGACAGUGCAAAUUCAGUCAAUGAUCCUGCUAAAAAGCUAGAAGCACCUCCAAGAAAAACUAGAGUACGCGUUCGUCAACAUGUUAGCGUGGAAGUUAUUCGUGAUGAUAUGCCAGAAAGUGGCAUUGAGCGUGCUGUUGGUCGCCCUCGAGAAGAAUGCCGCGGUGAUGUAAGGACAUCAAAUGUGAGAACUCGUCGGCCAAUUACUACGAGAAACGAUGGAUCAUAUUCGGAUAGUCAACACCGUAGAAGAAUCAUUUCUGAGAAAAAAGAAUAUAGGGAAGUCCAUCUAGCUUCUCAUGGUUGCCAUCAAAAGCGCUCAUUCGAUGAAUGUUCGUCUCCCCGGAGAAUAGUUGCAUCUCCACGUUAUGAUGCUAAAGUUAAUGCGGAUGACAAACGACCUAGAUUAAUUGUACCGAAAGGAACACCUAGAAAGUACCAUGCCGUACCACCUAAAGCAUCUUUAAGUGAACUGGAGAAUAUUUAG